AAAAAAAAGCCAACAGUGGCCACAACAAGAGCAGAAAAGUGUGAGAAUGAGAUUAAAUUGAUUAGCACAUUUGACAAAGUGAUCCUCCUUGGUUGGCCACUAACACUCUCUCUCUCUCUCUCCUCUUCUCUUUGUUGCUACAACCUUUUGUUUUCAUUCAUUCUUUCCCACUACUGCCAUCUCCUUCUGCUUCUUCUUCAUCUGCACCACCUUUUCUUUGCUCUGAUGCAAUGCUAGCUGCAAGCAGGUAGCUAGAAGUAUAGAUGGGGAGAGAUGGAGAAGCAGCAGCCUGACCAAGAGACACCAUCUCUCCUCCCCACCAACAGCAUUAAGGAAGAGAGUCUAAGGAAACCUCCAACUGUUGCCUCUGGUGGUGGUGGUGAUAGGUUGAAAAGAGACGAAUGGAGUGAGGGUGCAGUCUCCAGCCUUCUUGAUGCCUACGAAUCCAAAUGGGUGCGUCGAAAUCGAGCCAAGCUCAAAGGGCAGGACUGGGAGGACGUUGCCCGCCAUGUCUCCUCUCGGGUCAACUCAACCAAGACCCCCAAGACGCAGACACAGUGCAAGAACAAGAUCGAGUCCAUGAAGAAGAGGUACCGCUCCGAGUCGGCCACAGCUGAUGCCUCCUCAUGGCCUCUCUUCCAGCGUCUCGAUCUCUUGCUCCGUGGCAAGACCCAUCCUCCUCCUCAGUCUCUUAUGGUGCUUGAUCAACCGCCACCGCCACCACCACCACCACCACCUCCUCCUCCUCGUGGAGUUCAGCAGCAAGGCUUACAUGAAUCCAAUGGGGUUGAACAGGAGGCCAAGGAAGAAGGCAAUGGACCCAGCUUGUUAAACCAUGAAUCAGAUAAGAGUCCAAUGGAGAUGGACAGUAGCACGCCAGUCUCUGAUGACCGUGAGAAGCAGAAGUUGAUGUCAAGGAAAAUGAAGAUGAAGCUGAAGAAGAAGAAGAAGACACGGAGAAGGGAUGAAUGGGAGGUGGCAGAGAGUGUUCGGUGGCUAGCUGAAGUGGUGGUGAGGUCGGAGCAAGCAAGGAUGGAUACAAUGAGAGAGCUAGAGAGGAUGCGAGUUGAAGUAGAGGCCAAGAAAGGAGAGAUGGAUCUCAAGCGAACAGAAAUCAUUGCCAGCACACAGUUGCAGAUUGCUAAGCUCCUUGCAGGCAGUGGGAAAGGCAUUGAUUCUUCACCGAGGAUUGGAAGAAGUUGAUGAUCAGUGAAUUGAAUGUGUCAUCUCUGUAUAGUUUCAAGAGAAAUGACUCCUUUGGGAGCUAUAUAUAUAUAUAAUAAGAACACUGCUACUCUUAAUUGCCAUGAAAUCAAAAGAUGAUUUGCCUUGCUUGAUUUCAUCAAC